AGAAGAUAGAUCAAAUGGCCAAAAGUAAGAUGAACGAUAAGCAGCCUGUUGGUUCGGUCGAGUUACUUCGCCUUGUCACAGAGGAACGCAAAUCUUUCGGCGUAAAACAACUAGAUUAUCAUAGAUACCAUGCACAUUGCGCUAAGAAACUUCAUGCUAUGAGACGAGCUGGGGGAAUUCAACAAAUUAAUAAGAACAAGAAGUUUCUCAAGAAGACCCUCAAACCACCAUUUAUCUCGUCCCAAAAUUUGAAACUACAACAUAUACUCGUCGUUUUAUUCGAAGCUGAAAGAUGUUGGGCUGCCUCACGAGAGUUGAAACAGACUGUUACCUCCCUACAAACCAAGCGUACGGUCACCGGUCUAGCCUCCGCAUCCUCCAACACCCAAACUCGGAAAACAGGUCUCUCGAAGCUACGAAGUCAUGCGAGAACCCGUUUAUCUCGAGCCGUCAAACACGCAAGCAGCUUACUCUCUUUCAACACCCUCGUUCCAUUCGAAACGCAUAGUCUAAUUGAAGUUCAUGUCUACAACCUUCACCUCCAAGGUCUAUUGGCUUUUGAUCUCGGCAAAUGGACCACCGGUCUCGAUUGUCUUUCACUUGCAGUCACUCUUCUCAAAGCUCUUUCCAAGCAUGCUCACGGUUCUCGACAUAAAGACGUUGCUCUCUUUCAAGAGUGGUCGGAUAACACCUUACCUCUCGUGCGGUACUGUGCUUACAAGCUGGAGAUUUCAACUUUAACGGAUAUUGAAACUUUCAGUGAGGAGAGGACAGAGGGAUGUGAACUCGGUCCUAAGCUGCUUGGGGAACAUUGGGAAGUCAUAAACAUAUUCAUUGCGGAUUCUCAAAAAACGGAAACAAGCGAUUCCAUCAGCCUCUCCUGGAGGGGUCAAUCGAUUCCAUCCAGAUCUCUUGAUCUUGUAGAGAUUGUCUUACAGGUCCAGGACGCCACCCAAAAGUUGAAGGAAGCGCUUUCUUCUCCUACCAAACCUUCAAAGAUCUCUCAUCCUAAGGACGUGAAAGUAUCCAAACCGUCGACGGGACCUGGUUGUGUGAAGUCUACUAAAUCCGUUGGAAGUCGCUCUCGAGCUUUUGACGCCGCUUUGCUGGUUUACACAGAUACUGAAGAAUCUAUCCAAACCCUCGUGAAAGCUUCUCAGCGCGCCUUGGAGUCGAACGAAAGUUUUCAGCAUUCCAACGAUCAACAUAUAUCUCUGACCUUGAACCAUUCAGUAAUUGCGUUCCGUUUGUUAUCUACACGCUUUCAAAGAGAUUUAGACCUUCUAGAAGGUCUCAAGACUAAAUUGAAAAGGCGUGAAUUGAAGGUUGAGCGUAGACUUUCAAGUAAAUCAGGACAUCAAACUUUUCAACUCAUUGAUGCUCUUGUUUCGAAUGAAAAAAAUCAAAAGCCCACCAACAAAAAAGAGAUGCAAAAUAUCAGGAGAAAAAUGAUGAAUCGACAACGAGCAAACAUCUAUCCGUCAUUGUUGAAACUUUAUGACAGUAUACUUCUUGACCUUGAGAAGAUGAGACAAUUGACCAUCAUUGAUGAUGAUGAUAGCCUAGCCUCAAUGGUCGACUGUAGACUUGCAUUUUAUCAAGCCCAUCGUUGCUUAAUUCAAUCUAGAUCAUAUCAUUUAAUCGAAAAAUUCCCAGAAAGCUUUGCAUUACACCAAAAAUCGAUAUUGUAUUUACGAGAAUCUGAGCGCGCAUUAAGGGAGGCUGAUGUCGAUGAAGAUAUUGAAGAUCAAGAAGAAGAGUUAAUCUCUCUGAUUACAAAUCCAGAAGAUAUUUCCGCCUUGACUCAAAUUCAAGAAGAAACAAAACGAGAGAUUCUCAGAGACUGGUACGAAGAUUGUCAAUCCGAUCAUCAUCCGAUUCUCCACGAGUUAGAAGCUGAGAUCAAGCUUGGCAUGCUAUCAUUGAGCGGAGAGUCGCCUGAUCUACAAUUUACACAACCUACACCUGGAAACAAACCGGACCAACCAGCGUUAGAUGUGGCGUAUAACUAUGUCAUUGAUUUUCCACUCGACCAACUGGCCAUCAAGGCUUCUCUAAAGCAGCCAGAUCAUUCAAACUCGCAACGGGCAUUUAUAUCUGCAGCUGCAAUUCCUAGUGAUGCGAUUCCAACUUCUCAUGAAGAGGUCGUAGUACCAGCAGAAACCAAAAAGAGCGGUGGUGGUUUAUGGAGUUUUUUCACUGGCCGCUGGUGCUCCCCUACUCCAAGAGGAUCAGUAAAGAUAUCGCUUAACGGGAAGAAUAUACGUAGGCAAUGUGAUCACACCGAGUCUCGAAAUGCGGCCCCUAUAGCCGCGGACUCAGGGGAGCCACACACGCUGGUUGACGUGCGACCCAUGUGUCUAGAACGCCGUGAAGCAAGCCGUGUGGAAGACCUCGCGAAAUUACCUCAGGGUUGA